UAGAGAAACCCAGAGAGAGAGACGGCGUUCUCUGGCAGCAAAUAUGGAAUGAGCUGUGGUUAAUAAAUAAAACCAGCAGCAGGUCCUACAGCCUUCAUCUGCAGGUGAAGAAACAUCUGCUCACUAUGGAGCCGAACGGACCAGUGAGUCCCGCCCAGGACGGUGCAGCAGCACCCAGGUGGAGUGUCGGCUCCGGCUCCGGCCUGCAUUACGGCUCCUUCGUGAACAGCCUUGCAUCGCUGACGCCCAACGCCGUGGAGAGUCCGGCCAUAUCCCCCCGACGCGCCCACUUAGCCGUGGCUGUGCUUUGCUACGUUAACUUGCUCAACUACAUGGAGCGGUACACAAUAGCAGGCGUCCUGUCCGACAUUCAGGCCUUCUUUGAAAUAAGUGACAGUACAGCUGGACUCCUACAAACAGUGUUUAUCUGCAGCUUCUUGCUCUUGGCGCCGUUGUUCGGUUACCUCGGGGACCGCUACAACCGGAAGUACAUCAUGAUUGGUGGUUUGAGUGUGUGGCUUGUGACUGCAGCUGGCAGCUCUUUUGUCUCUGCAUCGCAAUUCUGGCUCCUCGCUCUGCUGCGAGCGUUGGUCGGGAUCGGAGAAGCCAGCUACUCCACCAUCGCUCCCACCAUCAUCGGUGACCUCUUCACUGGGGGGAAGCGGAGCAUCAUGAUCUGCGUCUUUUACGUCUUCCUCCCUGUGGGAAGUGGUCUUGGAUACAUCGCCGGGGCCGGGAGUGCUUCUUUCACCGGGGACUGGCACUGGGCCCUCAGGAUCACCCCCAUUCUGGGUGUCUUGGGACUCGUCUUGAUGAUCCUCUUCUGCCCUAACCCACCCAGAGGUGCUGCAGAGACCCAGGGAGAGGGCGUCACCACGCAGAGCUCUUACAAGGAGGAUGUCAAGUAUCUGCUGAAAAAUAAGAGCUACGUGCUGUCAUCACUGGGCGUGACGGCUCUGGCCUUCCUCACCGGAGCGCUGGCCUUCUGGUUGCCCACUUUUCUGACCAGAGCUCGUGUCACUCAGGGACUGCUGCCACCCUGCACCGAAGAGCCCUGCGUCUCCACGGACAGUUACGCCUUCGGCGCCGUGACGGUGGCGACGGGCAUUCUGGGAGGGAGUCUUGGCACUUUUUUAUCCAGACGGUUAAGGGAUAAGAUGCCAAAUGCGGACCCACUCAUCUGUGCAGUCGGUAUGCUGGGAUCGGUCCCCUGCCUUUUUAUCAUCAUCUUUGUGGCAUCUACAAGCAUUCCAGCCACUUAUGUCUUCAUCUUCUUUGGUGAGCUGCUGCUGUCACUGAACUGGGCUGUCUUGGCUGAUAUACUGCUGUAUGUUGUCAUACCGACCAGACGGUCCACUGCUGAGGCUCUGCAGAUCACAGUGGGUCACCUCCUGGGUGACGCUGGGAGUCCUUAUCUAUUAGGAGUGAUCUCUGAUGCUAUCCGCACAUCUGACCCUGAAAACUACGACUGGAGCUUCCACAGUCUGAAGUACAGCCUCCUGGUCUGCCCGUUUGUCGGCAUCUUGGGGGGAGUGUUUUUCCUCAGUACCGCCGUCUACAUCGCUGACGACAGGAAAGCAGUGGAGCAGCUGCUUCAAGGUGCUCCUCAACCCCAGCAGGAGCCCACGCCUGAUUCCUCCGUGGAGCUGAGCGACCAGGUGAAAGCGUGAAGCUCCACAAAAGCUAUCAUGUAAAUAAAGUCUGUAUUUGAUGUUAAGUUAAAAAUCUGUGGUGUGCAGAGCAGAAUGUAUGGGCCGACUUGAAGAAAAUGCUUUUAGUCACUUUACACCCACACACUGAUUGUAGAAGCAAAGAAAACGGGUGCAUUCACACUUAAAGACCAUCACAGACUUUUUAAAAACUGUCUGUUCACUUGUUCUCUCAGGCUUGUCUGGAGUCAGUUUUAUUUGUAAAGCCUCUGAGGGCUUUACAGUGAGUACUGUACACCGUGUAAAACUCACCCUCCUCCACUCAUUUACAGGACUUGACAAAAGAAAUCUGAACUUGUGUUGUGCCUUUUCUCUUCAAAGCAGUGCAUCAGUGUGGUUUCACAGUGGAAGUGUUGUCACCACGAUACCUCCCGGUUCACUGGCACUGUGCGGUAUACUUGAAAAGUAAAUGUAAUUAUAUAUUCUGUCACUGUAAAUGUUGUUUUUUAAUGUUUUAAUAAAUGUGAUUAUCUAUCUA